AUGGCAGCAGGGUGGUUUUACUCACCCAAGCAGAUUAGGCGCUAUUUCCUGACUCGACCAACAAGUCUCAAGCCUCCUCGGACUCGACUGCGCAAUCCAUAUCGUAUCCUUAAAGAACUCGACAGGCAUCAAUGGCUUAUGUUUUUAGCAGGCUUCCUCGGCUGGACCUGGGAUGCAUUCGAUUUCUUCACUGUUUCUCUAACCAUUACUGAAAUCGCGAAGGACUUUGGCGUAGAGAACUCGGCCGUCUCAUGGGGUCUAACGACGACGUUAAUGCUCCGUUCCGUUGGAGCGUUGACAUUCGGAACCAUAUCUGACCGGUAUGGCCGCAAAUGGCCCAUGAUCAUUAACCUGGCCCUUUUGAUUAUUUUGGAACUUGCCUCUGGGUUUUGCAACACCCUCCCUCAGUUCCUUGGAGUCCGGUCGUUGUAUGGUAUUGCCAUGGGUGGUCUUUUUGGUCCUGCCGCAGCAACAGCUCUCGAGGACUUGCCAUACGAUGCUCGUGGGCUCCUCUCGGGUUUGUUUGAGCAGGGUUAUGCGACAGGAUACCUGCUAGCCUCCGUCUUUUAUCGUGCUCUUGUACCCACCACAUCCCAUGGCUGGCGAUCGCUGUUCUGGUUUGGAGCUGGGCCUCCAGUCCUCAUCAUCGCAUUCCGUUGGUCGCUUCCAGAGACAAACGCGUUCCAAGUCAUGGCGGCCGAGCGAGAAGCACAGAUCAUCGCAGACAAGCAGGCAGGCAAUCAUUCCCGCAUCGAGGCCGCAGCUUUCAAAGCGUGGACUAGAGACUCCUGGGUGGCUAUCAAGCAGAACUGGGUCCUUUUUGUAUACCUGGUCAUUUUGAUGACUGGUUUCAACUCGUGCAGCCACGGAAGCCAGGAUUUCUACCCGACCUUCCUCAAGAACCAAGUCCUCCUAGGCCCGACCGAUGUGACUAUUAUUAGCUGCGUCGGCCAACUGGGAGCCCUUCUCGGCGGUACUAUGCUCGGCUAUCUGAGCACCUUUUUUGGCAGGAGAUUGACAAUGCUCGUGGCUUGUGUGUGUGGAGGAGCACUCGUACCGGCCUACAUUAUCCCACGCAAUAUGAGUCUGGUCGCCUCAGCAUUCGCCUUGCAAUUCUUCGUAGGAGGAUGUUGGGGAGUUAUACCGAUCCAUCUGAUGGAGGUUGUCCCGGAGGCCCUUCGAACUACAGCAGUUGGACUCACUUAUCAACUGGGCAACCUGGCCUCCUCGGCGUCCGCGACCAUCCAGGCAGUUAUAGGGGAACGCUACCCACUUCCACAGCAUAAUGGAGAAAAGCGCUUUGAAUAUGGAAAGGUGAUUGGCAUCUUCAUGGGUGCGGUGUGGGUAUACCAGAUCCUCUUCUUGUUCUUGGGUCCCGAAGUGAGCGAGGCCGAAAGAGCGGAGUAUGCGUACCAAGCUAAUGAGCUUGAGAGGCUUCGACAAGCAGGGCAGAGCUUGAAGGAUAUUGGGGUAGAAAGAGUCAAGUCCAGGCAGGCAGAGAAAGGAACGAAUCUUGAGACUAUUGACAAGGCGCCUGAGGGCGAACAUCUGGAGGUGGCAUAA